AGGGGGGCAGGGAUGCUGCCCUGGUUCCGGGAGGGGACAUGUCCAGGACCCAGAGCGGGUGAGUGCCGAGCCCCGAGGCCCCUCCCGGUGGACGCUCAGAGGAGCAGGGACAGAUGUGUCCGCGGCUGCCCGGGCGCAGCUCCCACCUGGGCGAGAGGCGGUUGAACGAGGAGCAGGAGGUGCCAUGGAGGCCCCUGGGCGGUGGCUGCUGGUCUGUGUGCUGGCCGUGUCCCUGCCCUGGACAGUGACCGAGAAUGUGUGCCGAGCCCCCAGUGGGAAGGACGGGGCUGCGGGCAAACCUGGCCGACCCGGGCGGCCGGGCCUCAAGGGCGAGCGAGGGGAACCGGGGGCCCCUGGCAUCCGGACAGGCAUCCGGGGCCUUAAAGGAGACCCCGGGGAAGCUGGGCUCCCUGGGAAGCCGGGCAUGAUGGGCUACCCGGGGCCCAGCGGCCUCCCUGGGGACCGUGGCCUGCCAGGACCGAAGGGCAUCAAGGGCAACCCAGGAGACAUCAAGGACCAGCCGCGGCCGGCCUUCUCGGCCAUCAGGCGGAACCCGCCGGUGGGCGGCAACGUGGUCAUCUUCGACGCGGUCAUCACCAACCAGGAGAGCCCCUACCAGAGCCACUCGGGCCGCUUCCUGUGCGCCGUGCCCGGCUACUACUACUUCACCUUCCAGGUGGUCUCCAAGUGGGACCUCUGCCUGACCAUCGUGUCCUCCUCCCGGGGCCAGGCGCGGCGCACCCUGGGCUUCUGCGACACCAACGGGAAGGGGCUGUUCCAGGUGGUGUCGGGGGGCACCGUGCUGCACCUGAGCCACGGCGACCAGGUCUGGAUCGAGAAGGACCCCGCCAAGGGCCGCAUCUACCAGGGCCCCGAGGCCGACAGCAUCUUCAGCGGCUUCCUCAUCUUCCCGUCCCCCUGAGCCCCCCGCGCAGCGCCCCCGGCCCUCCCUGUGCCCUGCCCCGCUGCCGAGGGGCGGCUCUUGGCCACCGUCCCCCGGGCCGCUUCUUGGCCCUUCCUGGAAUAAAGGUCUGAGCCUGUCUGGGGCUUGAGGUCCA